AUGAGCGAGCAGCGCCCGCCGCCGCCCCUCUACUUCCCCCCCUUCCACGACCGCGCCGAGCCCGCCGCCCCGCUGGCCGCCCGCGGCCGCCCGCGGAAGCUCUUCGCCCCCACGUGCGGGCCGCGGGCGCCGCCGCCGGGCGCCGCCGCCGCCGGGACGCCUCGCUGGCCCGCGGGGCUGGCGCCCAUCGCCUACGAGCCGCUGCGCUUCUUCUGGCCGGCGGAGGAGGGCGGCGGCGGGGCGGCGGCGCAGCGGCCCGGGGAGCAGCCGCAGCUGGACGGCGAGAUCUGCGAGCUGGGCAUCCGCCUCAAGGAGCUGGAGCUGCUGGCGCUCAUCGGCGACGGCUUCGACCCCCACCACUAUAAACUUUUGAAGGCACUGACAGAAGAAAAGAUACAAGGCAGAGGCUAAAGCAACAGCAACCAACGUGACAAGGAUUAUUUUGGCUGGAUAUUCUGUCAGUAUAUUACUAUACAGUACUUUAACAGAGUAUUUUAAGUAGAGUAUAUUAACUUCCAUAUUAUUUUUCUACUUACCACAUGCAGUUCUGUAAUACAGUAUAUUUUCUUGUUGA